AUGGUCAUCAAAAUGGCAUCCAUUGUAACAACACAUAUCGGUUGGGAACAUGGCAAGGAAAUUCUUGACACUCAUUAUAUGUUAAGUGGUGGAGACUCAAGAUAUGCUGGAGAGGCGUCAGUUGUGGACGAGCAAAUCGAGGGCGCUUUACAAAGAAUUUUGUAUGGCUCUGAAAGCGAUGAAUACAAAGCAGCUCGGCAGUUUUACUGUUCCCUGAUCGAUUUGCGAUUCUGCAAGGUGAAGAAUGGUGCUCUGAAAAUCUUCAUGCAGUAUCUGCUUAAAAUGUAA